GAGAAUAACAGACAAAUUUUCACAGCGGAAAAAGAAAACAAAACUCAUCCAGCAAAUCCCUCUCUUUCCUCUCUUUCUUCACCAACUCAGCUCUUUCUCCAGCUCUUUCUCCAGUGUUUCUCUCAAAAUGCCCUCAAAGAAGCCCACUCCAGCUCGUUCUCCAGUACGUAUCUUCUCCUGCUCCUCCUCUUCCUCCAGCUCCUACUAACACCUCGCUGGUCUCCAGGAAAUGUCCCAAAUCUAUCUAAACCUCAACUCACUCCAGUUUGGCAUAAAAUCAAACUACAAAUCCAUUAUAAUAGACCCAAGAUCAAAUCUAUACAAUCUAACCUACCCACUCUCUCUAAUCAACAACUCAAAACUAAUAAUAAACAAAACCUUCAAUCUAAACUCAAUUGCUCAAAAUGAACAGAUCAACGCUUCUUUAUCGAGAUUCAAUAAAUUCAAAAAAAUCCUACUUACUUCAAACUCCAUUAUCGACUUGAAUAACCUAAAAAAGCUAUCUUGGAAUGGCAUCCCCAUGGAAUUCAGAUCAAUAUCAUGGCAGCUACUACUAAACUACUUGCCAUCCAACAACGAUAGACGUGCUUCCACUCUAAAAAGAAAAAGAAAAGAGUAUCUAGAUAGUAUCAACCAACUAUUCAAUAAUAGUAACGAUGGCCCAAUAAAAGACCAAACAACAUGGCACCAAAUAUCCAUCGACGUUCCAAGAACCAACCCACAUCUCAAACUAUACUCAUAUCCAAUUAUCCAAAAAUCUUUAGAAAGAAUACUAUACCUAUGGGCUGUUAGACAUCCUGCCAGUGGUUAUGUUCAGGGCAUAAACGAUCUAUCAACUCCCUUUUUCCAAGUUUUUUUAUCAAAUUACCUCAACUUGGACAACAAUAAAAACUCGCUCGACAAUUUUGAUCCAUCCAACGUAAAUCAAGAUAUAUUAAAUGCUGUUGAAGCCGAUACAUUCUGGUGUCUAACGAAACUACUAGAUUCUAUUCAAGAUAACUACAUCCACGCCCAGCCUGGAAUAAUUCGCCAGGUCAAUGAGCUAAAGGAUCUAAUUUAUAGAAUAGAUAUUGAGUUGGCCAAUCACUUGGAAAAAGAAGGUAUAGAAUUCCUACAGUUUUCAUUCAGAUGGAUGAAUUGCUUGUUAAUGAGAGAAUUGUCAAUAGACAACAUCAUUAGAAUGUGGGACACUUAUUUAACCGAAGGCAUAAAUGGCUUUAGCGAAUUUCAUAUAUACGUUUGUGCUGCAUUUUUGGUUAAAUGGAGUGACGAAUUGAAGCAGAUGGAAUUUCAAGAUAUAAUGAUUUUUUUGCAAAAUCCCCCAACAACCAACUGGACAGAAGAAGAUGUUGGAGUGUUGUUGAGUGAAGCAUAUGUUUGGCAAAGUUUGUAUAAAAAUGCAUCAGCACAUUUAAAAAGUCAUUCAUAGAUAUAUGUUUUCAUAUAAUUUUAUUUCUCUACUUUAUUUAAUUACUUAUCUAAUUCUUUACUUAUUUACUUGAUUUUUUGGUUCUUCUUUGUCUUUUGUCUUUUGAUUUUGAUUUUGAUUUUGAUUUUGAUUUUGAUUUU